GUAUUUCUGGAGGCCAGGGUGGUGGUCUGCAGGAACUUCUCUUCUGUAGAUACAGCAUGGGGUGAUUGGGUGUGGUUGACAUAGUUUGAUGGUAGCGAUGUAACCUGGCAGCCGCUGUGUCGGGGUCGCAGAGGUUGCAGAGCAAAUAUCUCUUGCUGUGCCGUCUCGGCACUGGCUCGAGAUGCAGCCGGGGAGGUGUUCCGUCCAGCAGAGAGCACCCCUCUUGGCGGUGGCGCCAGGGUAAACACCCCUUGUUCCGCUCCAGAUUCCGCAUACAUUGACCCCCACAGGAGACACUGUGCGUGUUACUGUUGCAGCUAUUUCCCAUUUCGACGCCUCUAUCGAAUCAGCUGCAUCCAGACGUCUCGUCCUGCAAUGUCGGUCCCCAUGUCCAAUAUGUUGGAGCAGCACCGGGGGGAUCCAACUGCAUGGCGAACAUGCCGUUUUUAAAGACAUCGCACCUCGCUCCAGAGUGAGAGGGAGAGAGAGCGUGCCAUGUUUCAUUUUCAGCGGUUGAUCUUCUCUCCUUCCUGAAGAAAUCCCGCCCUCACCCUUUCCUCUUCGGCACUGCACAGUGGCACCCUCUCGGUCCCGCUAGGCCGAUCCCUCCCGCUUCCCCCCCUUCUUCUUGCAUUCUUCCUCGAGCCUUCUGUCUCUGCCAGAUUGCUCAUCACUUCCCUUUCUCUCCCUCUCACACACUCAUCCACCAUGUCGUCCUCAGAGAAGGGCAGCAUCAAGGACUCCAAGAGUUCCACCAGGGACGUCAAGGAGCACGGCCCCGAGGUCGUUCGUUCUGUCGACUCGGAUGCCGCCUCCAACGGUGGUGGUGUUGAUCUCGCCUGGAAGUUCCUCGACCAACACAGAGACAAUGCCAAUGGCACCGGCGAGUACGUGGACCUCGCGGCCCUGCGAAGAAGAAUCGACUUCCGCAUCGUCCCCUUGAUGUUCUUGUGCUAUACCCUCCAGUUUCUGGACAAGGUCAUUCUCAAUUACGCCAACGUAAUGGGAUUGCAAAAAGACCUCAAUAUGGGAGGGAAUGACUUCAGUAACACAGCAACUUUUCUGUUUGUCGCUUUACUUUGCUUCGAGAUUCCCAACAUUUGGUUCCUUCAAGCCGUUCCUGCCGCAAAAUGGCUCGGCCUCAAUGUGAUCCUCUGGGGUACCGCUACCGCCUGCGGUGCCGCGGCCACCAACUAUCAGACUCUCCUUGUCUCCCGCAUCUUCCUGGGCAUCUUCGAGGCAACAAUUGCACCAAGUUUGAUGAUUAUCAGCAGUAUGUGGUACACUAAGUCCGAGUCUGCGCCACGCUUCUCCUUCUGGUAUCUUGGUCUGGGUCUCGGUCAGAUCAUCGGUGGUCUUGUGUCGUUUGGCUUCCAGCACAUGGGCCCCGACGCUCGUCUCUCUGGAUGGCGCACCAUGUUUUUGACUCUCGGUCUGAUCACCGUCGUCGUCGGCUCUUGUGUCAUCAUCUUUCUUCCAGACACCCCUAUGCAGGCUAAGUGGAUGUCUGACGAUGAGAAGGUUGCCCUGUUGAAGCACGUUAGUGUCAACCAGACUGGUGUUGAGAACCGCAAGUUCCGCGGAAAGGAGAUCUUGGAAGCCUUGGCUGAUCCCCAGGUGUAUCUCCUGCUCCUCGCUGUCAUCUUGCUCUCCGUCUCCAGCGGUGUUGUCACCACUUACUCAGCCACUCUCAUCCGCAACCUUCCCGGCUAUGACUCCAAGAAGGCUGCCCUUAUGAACACACCUUCUGGUGUCGUGAGCAUCUUCUUCACCCUGCUGGUCGGAUGGGGCAUCCGUUUCCAGUCCCACCGCUGGGCCUGGAUUAUCAUCUGCAUUCUCCCAGCCAUAGUGGGGGGCGCACUCAUGAGUUUCUUACCCAAGGAUAACACCAACGGUAUCCUGGCCGGUAUUUACCUCGUCAACGCCGUUGUGGCCCCCCUCGCCAUCUUCUACAACUGGACUGUCGCCAACAUUGCCGGUGCGACCAAGCGCGCCUUCGCUGCCGCCAUCAUCAGCGGGUCCUUCUCCCUCGGUAACAUCAUCGGCCCCCAGACCUUCCAGGCCCGUGAUGCACCCGACUACCGCCCUGCCAAGCUCGCCGUCAUGGGCACCCAGGCCGGCUGUGCGCUCGUCACCUUUGUCCUCUUCCUUUACUAUGUCUGGCAAAACAAGAAGCGAAAUAACCGCGCCGACAACGAGAAUGAGGACGCCUUCAUGUCGCCCGAGGCGUGGACCCGCAUGACGGACAAGGAGAACAAGGGGUUCCGCUACUCUUACUAAAAAGUUGAUGUUUUGCUUUUCUCUUCUUUUGCUAUUUUGAGGGUGGAUAUAAAUACACGAAGGCCACACAAUUUCUGGUUCUUUCUGGAUACCACAUACACACAUACACUUUAUACCUACUAGUCCUGUCGUUUAGUAUAUUCACAUGGUGAUACCAGCUCUUUUGGACAAAUCAGCAAAAGUAUAGGCACAUGAUGAUACAGCUAUGCAGCAGGCUUCUCAUUUCUUCUGCUUCAU